AUGAAACGCUUUUGGGGCCUUCGUGGGCGCUGGCUGAACGCUGCAAUAUGGGCCCUGGCCAUGUUUGCGGUCAUGAUCUUUGGGUACAACCAAGCAGUCGCCGGCGGAGUCCUCACCACUGCGUCCUUCAAUAGGGAAUUUCCUAAGAUGGACGUGAUUGAUACAACAGGCGCGCAAAAGCAUUACAACUCGACCAUCCAAGGCACCGUUAUCGCUCUCUACACUCUGUGUGGCACAUUUGGGGCUCUGGCCUGCACAUUUCUAGGCGAUGUUCUCGGACGUCGAGGCACGAUCUUUCUGGCCACCGCGGUUCAGAUGGUCGGCGCCAUCCUGAUGGCAUCUUCAUUUUCCUUUGCACAAUUCAUUGUUUCCCGCAUCGUCGUGGGCCUCGGGACGGGCGGCAUCAUUGCAACUGUCUCGGUCUGGCAAUCUGAGCUUUCCAAGGCGGAGAGUCGGGGCGAACAUGUGUCGGCCUUUGGUAUCUUCUGCGGUCUCGGGCUGCUAUUGGCAUUGUGGAUUGACUUCGGUUUCUCCUACUACUCCGGUUCGAUAUCAUGGCGAUUCCCCUUCGCAUUUGAAAUCGUCCUGUCUGUCAUCGUGUUGACCUUCAUCUUCACUCUACCCGAGUCUCCUCGCUGGCUGAUAAAGAUGAACCGUGUUGAAGAGGCGCGCGAGAUCAUCGGUCUCCUCUACAAUGUCGAUCCACAUGACGAUGAGGUGCAGAGGGAGAUUCGCGAUAUCCAAUCUGCGCUCGAGCUUGCUGGGUCAGUUUCUCUUAAGGCGUUGUUCAAAAUGGGACCUCAGAGGACGUUUCAUCGAGUGGUGCUUGCAGCGUGCGUACAGAUUUUCCUCCAAAUGACCGGUGUCAACGCAAUCACCUACUAUGCCUCCUCAAUCUAUGAAUCCGACCUUCACUUCGAUGCGACUGUAUCUCGGAUCCUUGCCGCCGCUUCGCAAUUCGCCAUCGUCUUGGGUUCAUGUCUUUGUUCCUGGACGGUCGACCGCUUUGGCAGGCGCAAACUGAUGCUCUUCAGUUCCAGCAGCAUGGCCGUCUGUAUGGCCUGCCUGACGGGUCUAGUGUCUAAUCCUGACAACAGCCCGGCCCUUAAGGUGGCAGUCUUCUUCCUCUACCUCUACUACGUCGUCUACACGAUUGGAUUCUUGGGCAUCCCAUUCCUCUACGCGUCAGAAAUCGCACCUGUCCAUCUCCGCGCCGCGGUCUGCGGCAUCUCCACCGCUGUGUCGUGGCUGUUCAACUUCCUCGUGGCAGAAGUAACGCCGGUGGCCUUCACGGACAUCGGAUACCAGUACUUCAUCGUGUACACAGCGCUCAACGCCGCCUUUGUGCCUAUCAUCUUCUUUUUCUUCCCCGAGACUGCUGGCCGCAGUUUGGAGGAGCUGGACGAGAUCUUCGCCGCUUCCAAGACCAUUUUCGACCCCGUGCGCGUCGCCCGCAAACUGCCCCAUCGCCACUUAGACGAUUUCUUACGUCAGGAGGAAGAGAUCGUCCAGGAGGUGAUGGAGCCCAAGGGGUUGGUGAACGGCGAGGGCGAGGGCGUGGAGCAUGUGGAGAAUCCGGAGAAGGACGAGGCGUGA